AUGGGCAUGGGUAAAGCGAAGGUCAGUCCAACAGUCACUCCUAACAGUCGACGGGAAGGACCAAUCUUUCAUAUUGGAAAAAAGGGGGAAGCCGGGUUAGCAGCACGCUACUGGCUAAGGGCACAGGAGAAGCGGCUCCGGAGCUGUCCUAAUCUGAGGAUCUUGGGACAAGAGGCCGGUGUUCAACCUAGGAUCCUAUCUCUAACCCCCUAUCUUAUAAAAAAUAAUCGCGAGAUAACACCCCCUCGUGAGCGAAGAGAGAGAAGGAACCAAUCCCGGAAGGAGACUAUAAGAAGGAAGAGAGUCUUUUCCCGGACGAGGAAAAGUCUUUCUUUGGAGCUAAGUAACCCCCGGGGAAAUCCUCGUAUAACGACUUUGCUGUCUAACCUCGGAGCCGCUGCUAUAAAGCAGUUGAACCUUGGAACCCUGUUACACGGGGAACUCUUCAAAUCCAAUUCUUGGACUCUACUUAGGGGGAAAGUUUCCUUUCGGGUUUCGCCCCGUAAAAGCAGUUUCACCACCGAAGUCAACUGGUUUAGCCACUCCUCCCCUACUUUCGGUAAAAGCCUCGGAGCAGCAACUUUGCAGUUUCACCGGGGAAGCUUAUCGUAUCUUCUGAUCUUGGGGCAACCGGUCAACAGUCGACAUAGGAUCCCGCCUCCUUGGCCUUUUUUCUAUAUCCAAAUCGUUAGAAAACCUGGCCUCGCGGGUGAUUCAUCAAUUGGGCGCCUCUACACCCGGGGAAAGGCAGCUAACGAGAAGAGGUACGGGGAAAGCAGCAACUUGACUGUUUCACCUCGGAAUCUAACCUUAGCGUUGUAG